CACGACCUCAACAAAAGGCUCUACGAUUGAAUACGCACAAUAUGCGGGUUGAGAACGACCUGAAGCUCAUCCGAGGUACUGCUCGCUCUGAACUCAUUCCCAUCGGACAUGCUUCGUGCUCGCCGCCAUCGUCUUAUCGUCUUUCCACGUCAUCGCCGCCGUCCAGCCCGCCUCCUCGGGAUAAUCUUCGCUUGUGCUGCUCUCGCCCAUCUACACAUGCGACUGCAACGAGGUCGUGGUCGAUCGAUGAAUCAAUCGAGAAGACAAUCGAGCGAUGGGAAGAUGAUGCAAACGCGUCCUCCGCGAACGCUCUUUCGCACUACCAAUCUUCGUCCAGACCUCAAACCACACACAUCGUUCCGUCUUGGCCAGCAGAUGAACCCCUUUUUCGUGAGAUCGAUCAGACUGCUUUCUGGCGUGCAAAACCUCCUCAAGCAUUGCCAUUUGCCCGACCUGGCUCGCUGUCUCAAUCCGAUGAGCAGCCUCAAGUCACAGUAGGAUAGCCCAUACAUCAUAUACCUUGGGCCGCUCAAGCUGAUGAAACAUGCAGUCUCGUCAGCAGACCAGAUCCAUCUAUGAAGAUCAGCACACACGUGCAAUGCCCACACCUGCAUCUGCCUUUUUGCGCAUUGGGACGCCCUUUGCGGCAGGGUCAAGCUACGAGUUGAACAAUGUCCUUGCGCUCGAGCAAUCUCGAAACGACUCGUACACUGUCGAUCUACCCAUGAGCACACCAGAUGGAUCGGCGCCUUACACUCAUCAAAUCAUUGCUGACUCACAAACCUUUGCGGCUGAGCAUGCGCCUCAUGAGUUCAAUAUCUGGCAAGAUUGAGUCAUUGCAUGAUGGUGCCCGAGGCCU